AUGAUUCAGUUUAUUAUAAAUCUCGCAGGUAGGUUUUCUACUCCUCGUCAGUCGCGUUUUAAACACGUCACUGACCGUUCAGCCAAUCCACAGCAAGUGCGUCACCAACGCGUCGAUUUGUUAUCGAACUACAAUUCCCACGAUACCCAAGACAGGACUACAGAAGCAAACAUGGCGGCCAUCGGCAGGUUUUUGAAGAACGCUUGGAACAAAGAGCCCGUGAUCACAGUUUCCUGUGGAAUCGCAUUUUUGGCUUUGCUUCUGCCGGCUUUGAGCCUGUUAACAAAGUACUCCGUCAUGAUGAACAGCGUUGUUCCAUACAGUUAUCCAGUUCCGGUUCGAGACGAUGGAAACAUGCCAGACGUUCCAGCGCAUCCCUCAGACCCUCAAGGAAAAAACAUCGACUGGCUGAAAAACCUGUGAAAGCCCUUCAGAGUCAUGUACAGUCACACUCACCUUUACCUCUGUCUCAGUAAAAUCUCUUCAUUUAAUUAA